AUGCGCAAUCUCAAAAGUUCGGUCCUGGUCUUCCUGACCGCGACGGCCAAGCUCAUCGCCGCCUGGCCCGUCGUCUCCGAACACGCCCAGCUCCUCACCCGUGCUGAAGAAGUCGCCGACGAGUACGACUACGUCAUCGUCGGCGGCGGCACCUCCGGCCUCACGGUCGGCGAUCGCCUGACGGAGAACGGCAAGUACACCGUCCUCGUCAUUGAGGAGGGCGUCUUCCACGAGAAGACCGGUUUCGACUUCCAGCGCAUGUACGACAUCACGUCGCAGCCGAGUCCGGGCCUGAAUGACCGGACUUUCUUGGUGGGUAUUGGGAAGGGUGUUGGUGGCAGCUCGCUCGUCAACGGCCAGGUGUUCCUAAGGGGUACCUCGGAGGAGUAUGAUGCCUGGAAGACACUUGGUGGAUCUGAUGCUGCCGAUUGGGACUGGAAUGGCCUUCUUCCCUUCUUUAGGAAGGCCAUGACCCUCAAUCCUCCGACCGAAGACCAGGUCGAAAAGUUCAAGAUUCUUUAUGACUUGGAUUAUUGGGGUACGGAUGCUGAGAUUCAAGUCUCGUUCAGCAAUGGAAAUGCCAGUGACCAGACUAUGAUUCUUUACGAUGCCAUGUCGAAGGUACCCGGCGUGAACAUCCCGGUCGACUCGGGUGCCGGUGAGGCCGGUCUCUAUUGGUACCCCAUGGCCCAAGACAACGUCAACUUCCAACGAUCCUACGCCCGCACUGGCCACUGGGACGGCCUCCAGCGCGACAACUACCAAAUGAUCGUCGGCGCCAAGGUCUCCACCAUCCUCUUUGAUGACUCCAACGAUGUCCUGACUGCCUCGGCCGUGACUUUCCGUUCCGGAAACGACACGUCCGCCGAGCCCAUCACCGUCAAAGCUAAGCGCGAAGUCAUCCUCGCCGCCGGCGCCAUCCACACCCCCCAGAUCCUCAUGCUCAGCGGCAUCGGACCCGCCUCCCACCUCGCUGAGGCCGGCAUCGAGACCAAGCUCGACCUCCCCGGAGUCGGCGCCAAUUUCCAGGACCACAGCUACAUCCCCAUCAUCGCCUACGAAUGGGGCAAGGCCCCGACCAACGAGACCCCCGUCUACGGCCCCGGCGUCGGGCCUGGAGCUUAUCCUAACCUCGCCGCCAUGCUGGGUCUCCCCGUCGUGGCGCCCGAGGCCUACGAAGCCCUCGCCGCCGAAUACGCCGCGCAGGACCCCGCCGAGUUCCUCCCAGCGGACUACACGCCCGAGCAGAUCGAGGGAUACCGUCAACAGCAAAAGGUCUUCUCCGAGCUCGUCAGAUCGCCCAAUGUCGUCUUCAGCGAAAUGAUGCUCUCCGGUCCGGGCGGUUCGGUGCAGAACCUCCACCCAUUCUCUCGUGGGCACGUCCGCCUCAACGCGUCCCACCCAGAGGCCGAGGUUCUUGUUGACUACCGCGCGGGCUCGAACCCGCUCGAUCUCCGCGUCAUGGUCGAGAUCGUCAAGUUCAUGCGCCGCUUCAUGACGACGGGGGAACUUGCGCAGUACGAAGCCGUUGAGUCGAGCCCUGGCCCGGAGGUUGAGACUGAUGAGCAGCUCCUCGCGUGGGUCAAGGAUAACGUUAUUCCUUCCGUCUUCCACCCCAUCGGUACCACGGCCAAGAUGCCCCAGGAGUGGGGUGGCGUCGUCGACGAGGACCUGUUCGUCUACGGCACCAAGAAGUUAAGGAUUAUUGAUAGUGGCAUCCAGCCUACUUUGAUUGGUGCUACUACUUGCGAGACGGUCUACGCCGUUGCGGAAAAGAUUGCGGAGAUUAUCCUGGCGCAGGCUGGUGGGGAAGAGCCUGAGCCUGAGCCUCCCCUUUGCAAACGUGGGCUGAAGCGAGCCCGCAAGGCUCAGAAGAGCAAGAAGAAAUAA